CGAUGUGAAAGCUGACCAAUCACUGCGCGCUCCGCUGUCACGUGACUGUGGCGGAGCGCUUCCUGCGGCGGUGCUGAAAACACUGUGGAUUUGAGGAGCGGAGAGUCGCGCUAACGGGCAGUGGUGGAAGCAGCAGACCCAGUGAUGGCCUCGGCUCCCAUACCGGCAUACAACUCCAGUCCACUGGAGAACAGCUCCAGCCAAAACGUGUCCAGGGAGAAUCUGAAGAUGGAGCCCCUUGCAGAUGUUGCCUUAUUGCCGGGAGAGGAGAGAAUGAUAGACAAAGACGUCAUGUACAUAUGCCCGUUCAAUGGAGCGCUCAAAGGAAAAGUGUUCAUCACCAAUUUUAGACUGUACUUCACUCACACGGACUCCACAUUUACCCUAGAUGUGCCCCUGAGUGUUAUCAGCAGGAUAGAGAAGAUGGGCGGAGCCAGCAGUCGAGGGGAGAACUCCUAUGGACUGGACAUCACCUGCAAGGACAUGAGGAACUUGCGGUUUGCUCUGAAGCAGGAGGGCCACAGUCGAAGAGACAUCUUUGGAGAGCUGUUCAAAUAUGCUUUCCCUCUCUCUCAUGGACUGCCACUCUUUGCAUUUCUGAGUCAGGAGAAGUUUGAGGAGAACGGCUGGAACAUUUAUAAGCCCAUGGAUGAGUUCAGACGUCAGGGUCUACCCAAUGAGAGGUGGAGGAUUUCCUUCAUCAACUCAACCUAUGAGUUGUGUGACACUUACCCCACCAUCCUGGUGGUUCCAUUUAAAGCCACAGAAGAAGACCUGCGGCGAGUGGCCACCUUCCGCUCCCGCUGUCGUAUACCGGUGCUGUCAUGGAUCCACAGGGAGAAUCAAGCAGUGAUCAUGCGCUGUAGUCAGCCCCUGGUGGGCAUGAGCGGCAAGCGCAACAAGGAUGAUGAGCGCUACCUAGACAUCAUCCGUGAGGCCAACGGCACUCCCAAGCUCACCAUCUAUGAUGCCAGGCCUAAUGUCAAUGCUGUAGCCAAUAAGGCCACAGGAGGGGGUUAUGAGGGUGAAGAUGCCUAUCAGAACGCUGAGCUCGUGUUCCUGGACAUCCACAACAUCCACGUAAUGAGGGAGUCGCUGAAGAAGCUGAAGGAUAUUGUUUACCCCAAUGUAGAGGAGUCCCACUGGCUCUCCAGUCUGGAGUCCACUCACUGGCUGGAGCACAUCAAGCUGGUAUUGUCAGGGGCGAUCCAGGUAGCUGAUAAGGUGUCUUCAGGGAACUCGGUGGUGGUGCACUGCAGUGAUGGCUGGGACCGCACAGCUCAGCUUACUUCCCUAGCAAUGCUGAUGCUGGACUCCUACUACCGCACGCUCAGGGGCUUCCAGGUUCUGCUGGAGAAGGAGUGGAUCAGCUUCGGACACAAGUUCGCCUCGAGAAUCGGCCAUGGAGACAAAAACCAUGCAGAUCAGGACAGGUCACCCAUAUUCUUACAAUUCAUAGAUUGUGUGUGGCAGAUGACCAAACAGUUUCCAACAGCCUUUGAGUUUAACGAACAUUUCCUGAUAGUGGUCCUGGAUCACCUGUACAGCUGUCGCUUUGGCACUUUCCUCUACAACUGCGAGAGCAUCCGUGACAGCCAUAACGUGCGGACAAAGACCGUGUCUCUAUGGUCUCUGAUCAACAGCAGCACAACAUCUUACGUAAACCCAUUUUUCACUCCGGAGUCCAGCCGCGUGCUUUACCCUGUAGCCAGCAUGCGCCACCUAGAGCUGUGGGUGAAUUACUAUAUCCGCUGGAACCCUCGUAUAAGGCACCAGCAAAGUCCGGUGGAGCAGCGCUAUAAGGAGCUUCUGGCACUGCGGGAUCAGUAUUUGAAGAAACUGGAGGAACUGCAGCUGUCGGACUCCACCCACAUGACCAAUAGCUCCACCCCUAAUGCUGCCUCGCCCAAUCAACACAUCACACACCUGCAGACACCCUUCUGAUCACAUCGGCACACCAACACGCAGGACGUUUGUACAUAGCAAUAGUAAUAACUGCGAUAACACAAACCGUAGUAACGUUGAUAACAAGUAACUGAAAUACGUGAUUAUGCAAUAAUGUCACAUUACGGCCUUCAUAGCGCGAGUCAGUUGUGGGUGACGUGAAGCCUUAAAGAGACAGCGAAAUGCUUUUAUGUGUACUAACGAUAGUAAUGUGGACAAAUGGCUCUAGCUCUUCCUAAACCGUGUGCGCUUAUUUGGUAGAUGAUUGAUCAUAAGGUAGUUGGAUGUGAUGUAUACAGGAGGUGUUGGUAUGUGUGUUAGGGCUACAAGACUGUAGAUGUCUAGAGAUAAUCUGAAACACAGUAUGUAGAUUCUUAGACCAGAGUAAGAGAGUUUAUUAUGAUAGAAAAGGCGAUGUACUGAGUUUUGGAUGGUUGAUUUCUCAUUGACAUAACCUUUGAAAUGGUGAAGUAGUGUGUGGUUUAUGAAGAGCUAUUGGCUUUUGCUUGGUGUUUUUUUCCACUCAAUCCAGUAUCUGCCUGAGGUUGCGUACCUCUGGUUCUAAAAAGCAAUCUCUUGUCAGUGUCGAUGACUUGGUCGAAUUUGUGACAUGAAUUUUAGUGUCUGACCACAAAGCAUUCGUCUUGAAUAAGUUAAUGUUGUUUUAACAUUCAAGCAUACAGGGCAUUGGCUGCUCAAGAUAGACAUGUCAGUUUGGGAGGAAGAUGUCCUAAAAGAUGCUUUAGAUGCGCUUAUCAAACAGAACCAGGGUUUUGGGGCUAGAGAGACCAGUUCUGUGCCUUUUCUGUCCGGGGUAUUCUCUAACCUCAAGUAGACAUUUUAUAAGCAAAACUUGUUUGUUUAUUUGUUUUCUGUAGGCGGCAUCAGUGGCAAUGAAGGAUAAUUUCUUUUAGCUUUCUGUUUUUGAUUGACAGGACCGCUUUUGAGUCACCAUGCACCAAUGGCUUCCGGUUACCUCUUAAAUUGAAGUACAAUCGCCACGGACACUUCGGCUAUGCUAUGGGUCCCUUCCUAUGGAUGGGAGCACAUAGUCCAUAUCAGCUGAAGCUAAUUUGUUGGGAGAAGCUGCCCUCUUGAGCUGUUCCAAAGUCAGUUCUACCUGUUGCAUAUACUGAUUAAGGCUGGCAGUAAGACUGGACUAACCUAAUCCGGGACGAGCUCAUUGGGGCACCUCGGUGCCAUAACUAAUGCUGCCUCAGAAAAGCGUACCUUUUGAAGUCUUUGGCCUCAAUGAGGAGAUGAAGUUUAAACCAUAUUGUGAGAAGAUGAUGGAAAAAAAAACAGAAACAAACACAAACCCUUUACUGACGGUUGUGUUUUUAAGGGGGGGAAAUCUAUUUUUUAUUUUGUACAAGUACCAUAACUAUGUAAUUACCUCAACAAAGCCUAUUUUACUGUUGAAAGUUCUAUUGUUGUAAAAUAUAAUUAUUUUAUUCAGUGUAAAAUUUGACAGUUUUAUACAAAGGAAAGUAAUGAGAACAUGUUUUGAUUGGUUGAACUGUUGGUAAUUAGUGGACAUCAUAUAUUUCUUUACUCAAUGGGCAUUUAGGUUUGUUUGUAACAUCAUAGAGAUCUGAGUUUUCAGAAUUGUUUUUUUUCCUUUCAAACAUUCUAGGGAAUUUUUGCUAUCAAUCCCUUUACUCUGUGUGUGAGGUUGAGUGAAGGAACUGCACUCGUUUGGUUUCCUUUUCUUCUGUUUGUUUGGGGGGGUGGAUACUUUAUUAUCUGACAUUAUCUUUGUGCUGUUUAGACUUUUUUGUUUUUGUUUUGGGAACGUAUUUUGUGUUCUGUUCUCCCUCAUGUAUGCUCCACUGUUUGAUGGCCGCCUAUUGUUCUGUAAAUAAUGCUGAUUAAAUUAAUUUAAAGAUUUCACACGUAUGAA